AAAAGUAGGAUAAAAUAUCGUGAAUAAAAGUACAUUGAUAAAUUUUAAUACUAAAUAUUUGUUAUUGUGCAAAUAUUUCAAUUUUAACAACAAAUUCUAAUUAAUAAUUAUAAUUUUAUAUUAUAUUAAUAGUAAUAAUUGUCGUUGUGCGAUCAUUGUGACAACAAACCGUAUUUACUUAACAUAACCUAAUAUAUAUACAUUAAAUUAUUAAAUUUAUAAAAAAUGACAAGUCGUUUAAAUGUUUUGCUAACAUUUGUACGUGGUCAUCGAACUUUUCCAAAAGCAUGGAAUAAAGAUGUUGUCAAAUAUGGUUUAGUAAAAUAUCUUCCACGUAAAAAGGAUCAUGUAGAUCCUCCAUUUACACCAUCAAAAAUUUUAAUGGUUCAUAGAGUAAAACCUUUUAAAGGCAAUCCUUAUUGGGAAAAAAACACACUCAAAGUUUUAGGAUUCAAUGAAAAUGAAAAAAAAAGAUAUCCAAUAUUUGUAAAGAAUACACCUGAAAUGUGUAAUUUGCUUUGGUCAGUAAAACAUUUAAUAAAAAUUGUUCCAGUAAAAUUACCAAAGAAUCUACCAAAUACUAUCGAUGAUUUUAGAGAAUAUUACAUACAUGAUAAUGGGACGAUUCAUUUUGGUGGAAAAAUUAAUCCUGAACGUUAUCAGGCUACAAUGGAUCAUCAAAAUUCUGUAAAAGUAUUAAAAUCUGCUACUAUUAAAGAAAAACUUAAACUUUUGUGGUUAAAUGGAAGUCUUAUAAUGUAAAAAAUAUUAGAAAUAUAUUAUAAAUAUAUAUGAAA